ACUGCCAUCUUGCACCAAAAAAGGCCAACAUCGUCGAAACGGGAGGGUUUUGGUGAGAAACCUCGCCGGAGAAACAGAGUUCUCUCCGUCCUUGAUUUCAGUGUGAAUGAAGCUCCUUCAAUCCGUCGCCGGUCAUAGCCGCUCGUUUGUCCGUCAUCUUGGACAGCGUCGAUCGUUUGCUGUUUCUACGGUAGAGUACAGUAAACGGAAUUAUGCCGAUAAUGUUUCCGAGUAUAACACUGUAAUUGACUCCAUCACUUCCCAGAAAAGGUACAUCUUAUUGAGGGAUGUGUAUGACGAUAUGAUGCUGGAUGGAGUGCAGCCUACAAGGGACGUUUUCCAUUCACUCAUAUCUGGAACCAUGAGAGGCGCUCGUUUCCAGGAUGCGUUUUUCUUCAGGGAUGAAAUGAAGGCCAUGGGGUUGAUUCCUGAUGUUACUCUGUAUAACAUGCUGAUCUCAAUAUGUGGUAGAUGCAAAAACUCUGAAAAGGCUGUCCAGAUCUUAGAUGAGAUGAGGAGAUAUGAAGUGAAGCCACAUCCACAGACGUAUAUCUGCCUACUUAAUGCUUGUGCAGCUGCUGGUAGAUUAGAUCGCGUGUAUACGAUUGUCAGAGAUAUGACUGCUGCAGGCCUUGGCUUAAACAAGUUCUGCUAUUCUGGACUUAUAACUGCAUAUAUGAACAAGAAACCUGUGCCAGAUGAUUUUGCUACUAAAGUGGUUGAAUUUGUUCAACAGUCAAAGGAAUGGUCAGCGGCUGAUGCAUCUAAGAUAAUGGCUGAAAAUGUGAUGAUGGGUAUUUCAGAAGAGGAAUUGUACAAUAUUCCAACUGCGGAAUAUAUUCAUAGACAUUCAGGAUUUUUGAACAGAAAUUUGACUGUUUAUCAUGUUGCUUUGCAUGCUUGUGUGAAUCUCAGGAAUGUCGAGGUGAUGGAGACCAUAAUGGACAUGUUAAAGAAGGAUGGAAAAACUCUCGAUCUCUACAUAAUAAUGCAAGUCAUGAGGUGUUACCUACAUUCUGGAGAUAUUGAUCGUGGUCACGAAACUUUUAAGGAGCACUUGAAUUCUGGGGGUCCUUUAGCAAUGGAACUCUUUGCAACGCUUGUUGAGGGAGCCAUGGUUGGUUAUACACCAAAGGGAAUGCAAUUGGCUCAAGAAACACUGGUAAACAUGAACUCCAGGGGCUUUUUCUUGAACCCCAAAUUGGGGAGUGUGCUCCUCCUUGCAGCAGCGGGUGAGAAGACUGGUGGAUAUACAACUGCCAAUUACAUAUGGGACCUCUUGCAAGCGCGAAAGAUAUCUCCUUCAUUCCCAGCUGUGGAAGCAUAUUACAACGGAUUGAAGGAACGUGAGAUUCCUGAAGAUGAUCCUAGGCUUUUAUUUGUUUCUCAAAUCUACUACAAACUUCGUGGUAGCAGAGCUGGCCGAUCAUAAUCGAAAUCAAAGAAUCUAGGCCGCAGUUGCCAUAGGUUUUUGGUUGCUGGGACGAAGCUUUCCCAGUAUCUCAAUACUGGGGAGCUUUGCAGUAAAAACUCCAUAGCCAUUUUGGGAAGGGGUUUUGCUGUGGCCUUACAUGCAACGAAUUGUAAGAUGAAAGAGCGGUAUGUCAAAAAGAUUUAUGUAUUUUACUGGUUUCCAAUACAAUCAUGCUGUUAGGAUUAGAUAGAUUGUGUUUAAACAUUUGAAAUUGCCACAAUUCUUUCAAAAUAAUAUCUAACCGUCUCUAGGUCCCCUAAGCCUUGAGAAUUAUGCAUUUUGCA